ACAUAUGGACAUCAGGUAUGGUAUGGUGUAAAAUGUCCUAGUCAUGCAAUGAAUCAAGCUAUCUCGCACAUGCCAGCCGUGAACUAGUUCAUGAACGGAAUCGAAACGCAUGAGAUUGGUUGUCUGAACGUGCAUUGCCACUUUGUUGUUAACAAAGAAGGGAAAAGCGACGCAAAACGUGAAUUCUGAAGACUUAAAACAAUAAAAAAAAAAAAAACUGAUAGAGUGUCACACUUUGAUCAUGGAGUCGACACUUAGUUCCGGCGGUUCAAACGCGUCCAGCGAAUGCGCUGCCGACGCUGGCGGUGGCAGCGGUGGCGGUGGCGGGAAAAGUCGCUGCCGCAAUCUAGAAUCGUCGCUCUGCGGCAGCGGCAACCACCACAAUGGCUCGCACUCGAGCAAUGGCAACUCUGCCCUCAGCCUGGAGGUUAAGGAUCUGUAUCGCGCUUUGUAUACCGUCUCCAAACAGCUGGACGAUGCCAAGCGGAAUGUUCAAAAUAUUGGACAACUGUUCCAGCAUGAAAUCGAGGAAAAACGCGCUAAUCUUGUGCAGCUGUGCAAGCAAAUUAUAUUCAAGGACUAUCAAUCGGUGGGAAAGAAGGUCCGCGAGGUGAUGUGGCGUCGCGGUUACUACGAGUUUAUCGCCUUUGUAAAGAAGCACUCACAUAAGCAUGGCACAGAUCCCGAGCAUAUGCAGAAGCUGGAGCGCUUCCUUUGUGCAGGAAUCUUCAACUACAAGAGACUAUCAGCCAAAAUGGAGGAGAUUUACGAUUUGGAUUUGAAAUAUCUUAUUGAUUUCUCAAUUAUCAGCGAGGGAUACAUAAGCGAUUUCAUUGGCGAUUCAAAUGUGGGCAAGGAGCUAGAGCCGUCGCAGGCCGCUGUUGAUAAGAGCCUGGAGGCAGUGUCCUUUGCAUUGGAUACCAUUCAUUCAUCGCUGCUUAGCUUAGGGGACUUGCACCGGUAUUUUCUGGACUUUCGCAUUGACAGCCAGCUGAGUUUGAGCAUCAGCAAGGAGCAGGUCGCCAAGUAUUAUUUGGAGGCAUUCAAGUUGAAUCCGGCCAUUGGCAUGGCACAAAAUCAGCUGGGAACUCUCUACUAUGGACAGAACUAUGAUCUAGAUUCCACGUAUCACUAUCUUUACUCUCUGGUGUGCAUCAUUCCGUUCGAACUGAGCGAAAACAAUUUGAACAAACUGUUUGCCAAGCACACGGAAUAUCUGGAGCAAAUGGAUCCCGGCAAACUGGAUUUUAAUAUUGAGGAUUUCUACGCACGUUUCUAUUUGAUUGUAGACAUAUUCUUCUUUGACAAGGAAGUUCCCGAUUUUAACUCCUUAUGUCAUUGUGUACUCAUCGACUUGCGCAAGAUCCUUUGUGCCCAGAUGCUCCGGGUGCCUGAGUCAAGCAUCUUUAAGAUCAUCUCCAUAUUGUUCUUUUGCUUGUCAAAGCUCAAGAUGAUCAACUCACCCAAGGUGUAUUCACUUCACGCCUUCCUGGUUGCCGCCUGCUCCGAUCUAAUGGAUGCCUGCAUUGUCAACAUUGAGCAAAUGAUUCUGGCACGUGCCGCAGACAACGAACACUUCCAGACGGAGUAUGAGCAACGUUUCCAAGAGUUUGACACAACAGUGCGCAAGUCACGCAACGAGUAUAAGAACUGGCUGGCCGCUGUAGGUGAAUGUGAGCGUAAGGAUAAGAAAAUGAUGGCAAGAUCGCAUUCACUGAAGGAUUGCAGCUCAGAUUCGCGAGAUAGCCAACACUCGGCGGACGAUGGAGGCGUCAAGACACAGGAUGCAACCGACAAUGACAAACUGGGCGGUGCCGAACCCAUUUCCACACGCUCCAGCGACGAGGCCAAAGAGAGCGACCUCAAGACACCGCUGUCCUGCAAGAGCAAGCGCCGUGGCAUGCGUCUCCGACGUCGUCGUCGCAAGAUUGCCCAAUCCGACGACAGCUCCUGUUAUGACAGCGAAAGUGACAUGGAUACUGACUUCUAUAGCGAUGAAGAAGACUACACAGAUCUUAGCUCCAAUUUCGAUACCGAUUUUAGUGACAUUGAUGCGGCCGAGCCCGAUGAGGCGCCAAAUAGAGAUUACACGAAGAAGGAACGAACAGGACGUCAGCAGGCAGGCUCCAAUGUCUAUUCGGACAGUGAAGAUGUGGUUAUUGAGGAGGAAAGACUCGUCUAUCCAGAUGAGCUGGAACGUCGCCCCAAUUCACAGGAGAUUGAUUCCGAGGAGCUCUUGCGUAGCUUUGAGGUGCUGCAAAUGAACUUUAAGAGCACCGAGGAUCCUUUGGCCACUUUGUCAACUCGGGCAGCUGUGCCGGAAGCCUCGAUUGGAGGAGUCCCAGUGGCACCCGUUACCAUCUCGGAGCCGCCAAAGAAACUUGUGUAUCGCAACAAGUAUACCAAGAUUAACCCAAACAUAAUUAUUGAUUGUCUGCACAAUGAGGCCACCAUACGUGCUCUAAAGAUGCUUUUUGACUGGCUGCGCAUCAAUCCGGAAAUAUUAAUUGGCUGCUAUCACUCCAAUCCGGAAUUUGUUCACAAGAUUAUGAAGCUGCUGAACUACUGCAACAUUGAUGUAUUCACACGAAAGGUUUAUUUUGAACGUGAUCUACUGACCACCAGUAAUGUGCGUGAAGCCUUGGUGGAGCUCUUUGAUGUUCGCGCGAAUGUGCCACUGAGCGAAGACUUUGCCUUCAAGAACUUUGACAUCUUCCAGAGCACUCAAAUUACGCUAGACUGGGAGACGAUUAUACGGGAGCGUGUAACGCCCCAGGAAGAGUCCAUUUUGCGCAUCUUCAAGAUGGUCGAUUUCGGAUUCUUUAUCUGUAAGCAGAAGAAGUUCAACUAUCGUUUCUGUGUGAAGACUCGUCGCUUCACCGAAAACCAGAAGAAGAAACGCGAGGAAAAGAAGGGAGGCGGCUCCCGACGUCGCGAGCGUCGCACUGCGCCAAAGACAACACGCAAACGCAAUGAGGGACGCACGCGUCGCUACUCGGAUCGCAAGAACGGCAUAGUCCGCAAGAGCUACACCAGUAACGAGGAGAAGGACACCGUCGAGGAGUGCCGUAAGCUUCCCCGCAAGGGAUAUCUGCGCAAUCGCAAUGCUGAGAAGGCGGCUGCUGUGAUUGCCAGCGCCACAGGUACCUCAGUGGCCGGUGGUACCUCAGCUUCCGCGUCGACCACCACCAACAGCGUCAUCGAGAAACUGAAUCUACAGUCGAGCAGCGGCGCCGAUGAGGAGCGCUCCGAGGCCAUGUCCAAGAAAUGUGAAAUUAUGGGCAAACUCUGGCUGCAGAACGAAGUGGAGACCCUCGAGGAGGAGUUGCGCGAUAGUCCCGCCCAUGUGGUUAUGUCGCCCUUUGUAGUGGUGGAUGCCAAGGCUUUGACCGAAUACAACGGCAUUGUCAAGUCGUUGGUGAGGACCAAAAAGUGCAUUGUUCUCAUACCUAAUGCUGUUCUCAAUGAGCUGGACGAGCUUAAGAAGCGCAGCGAGAACGUGCGCCAUGUUAUACGCUGGCUGGAGCAGGAGUUCAAGCACGGCAAUCGCCAUCUACGCGCUCAGCGGGACAAUGAGAGUCAGCCGCUGUCGCUGCUCAAAAUAUCACGCAAAAUGGAUCGGGACGCAUCGGUAUUUCUGCAAAUUGCACAAUUUUGCAAUCAUUUGGUUGCCAAUCACGCCGAUCCGCAUGUGAGUGAGCUGCAAAAAAAUGUGGUCACUUAUCUAUCGGGCGAUAAUCUGCAUGAGAAGAACCGUCAGCAGCAGAAUUUUAGUUAUACCGGCAUCCUUGACUCCAUUCCUGUACGCUAUGCCCAAAUUCAGAGCUUCUAUGCCAAGUUUAAGGCCAACAAAAAAUGAGGGACCGGAAGCGGGCGCUAGGUGGCAAAUGCAAGGCAACUGCAGAUGCAAAUUAUGCAAGGAUGCAAGCGUGUGUUCUCUGUACAACCACAAAAAAACGACAUGGAGUUCCAAGUUAACGAAGUUUCUCUCAGACGCGGCCCGCGGACAACGGCAACCAAAUCAACCAACCAGCAAUCGCUGCACCAAUAAAAUGGGUUGUUCAUUUGCUAUUUUGUUGUUGUUGUAUGUAGCAGCAGCAGCUACUACUAUUGUUGUUGUACUUGUGGUGUCACCAUCAACAUAUUUACAAUUUCAAAAUAUAUCAACAAGCAGAGAACAACAAACAACAACAACAUUUAACAACCGUACAACUGAACAACCAACCCAGCAAGGGUCCGUCUUAUGCGGCAGCAGCAUUGCGUGGAAUUUGCUAGUGUUGUUGUGUUAGAAAAAAAAAAACAAAAUACCAAAAAUGAAAAAAAAAAUCGUUCACUUUCAACUCGAAUGGCAACAACGGCAACGACUCUCAGCUAACGUAAUAUGGACAUACGGCAAACAAUAACAAACAAAAAAAUUAAAAAAAAAAAAAAAACAAAAAAAAAAUAAAGAUAGUUGCUCUUGAUGCAAGUUUAUCAAUUUACAUUUAACAACCUCCAGAGCUUAGCAAAGAAAAAUUUACGUCCCGAUUUAAUCCGGUGAUAGAAAAAAGAUUGGAGAUUUUGCCAAUCCAUCACCAUUUUCGCUCUCUGGUAAUCCUCAAACUUUUGAUGGUCUCGCCUUAAUCCGGACUCUAUUAUUCACUAAAAAUAAUUGCAAUGAAAUGGUCCACUAACUUUUCGUCCCAAUCAUGUUAUUUUUUGAUUUGCUAUAACUUUUCCUGUCGGAGAUUCAUUCAUAAUUUGAAAAAUCCUCUAUACAAUUACAAUUUAUACAACGCAUAUAUAACAAUUUAAUCUUAAAAUUUAAAUCAAUAUAAAAUCAAUUGCCGGUCAAAAGUGUUUAAUAAAAAUUAUCAAAUAAAGAUCGAUGUAACCAAUUCUCUCAAACGUACAGAUUUACAUCAAGCUUUACAUACUUUAAAACUUUAAUAAUCCGCAAGUGUAACAUUAUUCUGGUUUUGUGAAAUAAUAAAAAGCUGCCGACAAGAAA